GCAGCAGCGCGCGAAACUCUUUGCUGACCAGCUUCGCAGUCACUGCCAGUCGCUGAUAAUCCGCGGAUCGUUCCCUCCAGUUCAUAACCUUUUGAUAGUCCGAAUAAAUGUGUUGCUAUCGCGCUGAGAAGAGACAAUUAAUAUGGAUUUACCAUGAAUUUAUCACUCAAAAGCCUCGCGUGUGUUCAAAAUGAAUAGAUUGGAGAAAAUGUAUUGGGAAUUGUGUGUAAUAUCCGGUGGUUAAGUGAAAUCUCUGAUAUAUCUGGAAGUGUCAGGAGGGGGAGAUGAGUGUGCUGGCAACAAGUCGAAGAUCUCUAAGGAGAUCGCAAUCACUGCCUCACAUUGCAUCUCAAUCAUCACGCAAUGACUCGGGAUUGGGCUUCAGUGGAUCCUGCAGCGAUCUCGAUCACCUACAUCAUCAUCAUCAUCUACAUCACAAUCAAGAACCAAAGAUAGCUUAUGGUGCUCGUCUCGUGACAGAUUUGAGGCAAUUAAUGACUCUCCGUCAGCAUUACUAUCCCGAAGGUGGCUGGGGAUGGCUCCUGACCAGUAUUGGCCUGACUAUGCAGUGCAUCUCCCAUGGACUCCAUACAUCUGCUGGUGUUCUCAUGGUCGAAAUGAUGCGAACAUUCAGUCAAGACAUCUUAAGUACAGGAUGGCUUGGAGCCCUUUCAACAGCCGUCGCCCUGGGCAUCUCGCCGAUUACAGUGGCACUCUGCAAACGAAAAUCGACACGCCUCACUGCCGUCAUUGGUGGUCUAGUAACAGCUCUUGGAUGCCUCUUCACAUCUUUCGCCUCGCAAUUUCACCAAUUGUUCUUCAGUUAUGCUACAGUUGUUGGAAUUGGCGUUGGAAUGACCAGAGACUGCUCAACUCUCAUGGUGGCGCAAUAUUUCAAGCGACGCCGGGAGUUUGUAGAGAUAUUCAUUGUGGCCGGAAGUGGCUUGGGUAUCACAGUGAUGUCGGCAUUUAUAAAAUCCACGAUAGACUCAAUUGGAUGGAGAUUAGGAUUACAGGCAGUGACUGGUGUUGUGUUUCUCACAUUCAUCUUGGGCACAUUCUACAGAUCAGCAUCCCUCUAUCAUCCCCAAAGACGUGCAAUUCUUCACCUCAAAAACCAACGUCGAAAGAUUAAGGACAAAAACAAGCAGGAUGAUUCACCUCCAUUCUUCGACUUUCGCACCCUUCGCAGCAAAACCGUAAGGAUUCUUCUCGUCUCAACGGCCAUCAGCGGCUUUGGCAUCAAUACCCCAAUUUACUACCUGGCCCACCAAAUGGAGCAGGAUGGCAUAGGGGAUCGCAUUGUGGUACUUCAGGCAUAUCUAGGACUGGCCUUUAUGCUAGGUUGUGGAGCUUUUGGGAUGCUGGUGGUGAGAAACAGCGUAGAAUGCCGAAUUGCUCGUCAAUAUCUCUGCCAGACGAGCGUUUUUAUGUGCGGUAUCAGCAUCCUGGCCUUCACAGCUGUCCAUGGAAACUACCAUGGGUACGUGAUGUUUGUCUGGAUCUACGGGAUCUUCUGCGGAGGGUAUCACUAUUCCCUCAAGAUGUACACUUACGAGAGAGUACGAGCGAGGAAUUUUGCAAGGACAUGGGGAUUUGUUCAAUUCUCCCAGGCGGCUCCAAUAGCCUUUGGAGUGCCCCUGACUGGAUACAUUAGUGAGAGAGCUGGAGCCAAGGAAGGGUACUACUUUAGUUCAAUGUGUGCCCUUCUGGGUUGCCUAGUGCUGUUCUUUGUGGACCUGCACCGAAGAAGCUUGUCCAGGCACAAACACACCAGAGCCAAUGGAACUCGACAUCUCUGUACAUCAGAUUCCUGUCCACAACGCAGAAAGCUCUCAUUUUCACAGGAACCCGACCAUGAACCUGGAGUCCUUGUGACUGGAGCUACUCUCAUGAUUGGUUCUGAAUUGCUAAUCCCCCAGCUUACAGAUAAAUUCCUAGAACCUGCAGCUGAAAAGCCCGAAUUGACAUGCAUCUCAGAGGAAGGAAUAGCAGACAUGGAUCUUCCGGACAAUCUUCUAGAUGACCUAGACUACGUAGGGGAUUGUAUAACAUCCUGCAACAAAGUAGAAAACUUCCUGAUGCUGAGUGAAUUCGAGAACAAUCUCAAUGCCGAACUGCCGGCUUUGCUGGAACGGAAACGCCGUCGAGUGUCCAUCUCAAUGAACAAAAAUGCCAAAAUAAGUGAAGCUGAUGAAGAAACUACAUCAAAUGGAGGAGAUAAAAGCCUCAAUAUCGACUGCCUAGAACCACCAUCAAUCACCAACAGCCACAGGCACCAUAAACUCUGGCAUCCGCCAGCAAAUGCAAUAACUGUGAUUGACGAGGCAUCCGUAUGAGUUACUCCCUGAAACGCAUCUCAAAGUACCUGACCAAUUUCACUCUCAAUUUUUAGCACCGGAAUGCGAAAGCGGGAGCCCCCUGUCCCAAGAGAUAUGACAACAACAACAAAAAGAUACAAUAAAUUUGUAUAAAUCUGUGUAUUAUAAGACUGUAGCCGCAAAUGCAGGAAUAUUUAUCGAAUUUGUGUAGUGAAUAUUUCAAGAAUAGACUCACAGAGUGGUUGGAAAUAAAUAAUUUAGUCCAUAGAAGCAAGGAAUUAUUGAAA